GCACUUUUCUAUGUAACUGGAGCAGACUAGUUGCACUUCACACUUGUAGGGGACAGGACGCCUCUGUUACAUAUUUUAUGGAAACUUAAGGGGGAAAAAAGCUGAAAGAAUGAAUGUGAAGUUGUGUGCGCUCCUCCUUGCCCUCCUGUGUAAGGUGGCAGUAUCAGUCAGCUUUCACUACCACCGCUACCUAGAGCUAGUCCAGGCUCUCAAUGACAUCCACAAUGCCUGCCCUUAUAUCACCAGGAUCUACAGCAUUGGAAGAAGCCACCAAGGGAGGCACUUAUAUGUCAUCGAGUUCACCGACCAGCCUGGCAUCCAUGAGCUGUUGGAGCCGGAAUUUAAGUAUGUCGCAAACAUGCACGGCAAUGAGAUCCUGGGACGGGAGCUGCUCAUCCAGCUGGCUGAGUUUCUAUGUGAGGAGUAUCGCAAUGGCAACCAGAGGAUCAUCAGCUUAAUCCAAAACACCAGGAUACAUAUCAUGCCUUCUAUGAAUCCAGAUGGAUAUGAAGUAGCAGCCGACCAGGGCCCAGAUGCCAAUGGAUAUCUGACUGGAAGAAAUAACUACAAUGAUGUAGAUCUGAAUCGGAACUUCCCUGAUCUUAAUAUCGUUUUGAACUACAAUGAGAAGCACGGAGGGCCGACUGACCACUUAAAACUCCCUGACAACUGGAAGGAACAGGUUGAACCAGAGACGCUGGCCAUGAUCCUUUGGAUGGAAAAUUACAAUUUUGUCCUGUCGGCAAACCUACAUGGUGGCGCCGUUGUAGCAAACUAUCCAUUCGAUAAAGUCAAAGACUAUCGGAACAGAGGUUAUCGGCGCAUGGCGAGUUAUACUGCUACCCCUGACGACAAGCUGUUUAAAACGCUUGCAAUGGCAUAUUCCUAUGCCCAUGGCUGGAUGCACCAUGGCUGGAACUGUGGAGACUACUUCCCUAAUGGGAUUACUAAUGGAGCCUCUUGGUAUUCCCUUUCUAAAGGUAUGCAAGACUUCAAUUACCUUUUUAAGAAUUGCUUUGAAAUUACUCUGGAGCUGAGCUGCAUCAAGUUUCCACGUGAAGAGGAGCUGGAAAGGGAAUGGUUUGGUAACCGGGAGGCUCUGAUCACAUUUAUAGAACAGGUUCACAAAGGAAUUAAAGGGAUGGUGACAGACGAGAAUAAUAAUGGUAUAGGCAAUGCUGUGAUCUCAGUUGCAGGCAUUAGCCAUAACAUCUUUUCCGGUGAAGAAGGAGAUUAUUUCCGCCUGUUAUUACCAGACACCUACACAGUAACUGCGUCAGCAGAAGGGUACUAUGCGAAGACCGCAACUGUAGUAGUUGGACCAGAUGAGGCCACGGUGCUUAAUUUCCAGUUAAAGAAGGAGAAAGCAUCUUCAAAUUCAAGGGAAAAGCUUCCUUCAAGAAACCUAAGCUCCAAGAACCAUAUAAGAAAGGUUGCUCCAAGAGCCGCCGAAAGAAGAAAAGGAAGAUGAAUGUAUAAUGUUAUGGAAGAGGAAUGGGGGGAACAGAGUCUUCAAUCUGAUUUUACCACACAAUAUAAUUCCAUUUUUAAAAGGACUUCAGGAGCCAGUAGACAACAUUAAAGCAGAAAAUCUAAGAUUAUGCAGUAUUAAGGUAUUUUAUAAAAAUGUAUUCACAACGCAUCAAGAAAAUUUUCAGACCCUUUCACUUUUUAUUUACAUUUUGUUAUGUUUCGUCCUUGGGCUAAAAUGAAAGAAAAAUUAAGUUUUUCCGAUCAUUCUGCCCUCAAUAGGCCAUAAUGAAAAUGCGAAAACAGGUUGUUAGAAAUCUUUGCUAAUUUAUUGCACAGGAAAAUCCAAAAAUUUGCAUUCAAAUAUGCAUAUAUUACAUAUAUAAAAGGGGUACUCCACUGGCCAGCGUUCAGAACUAAAUGUUCCAAAUGCUGUUUUCGCGCUGCGGGGGUUGGCCAUUCCCCAUGUGACAUCACGACCACGACCCCUCAAUGCAAGUCUAAGGGAGGGGGAGUGACAGCUGUCACACCCCUCCCAUUGACUUGCAUUGAGGGGGCGUGACCAUGACAUCACAACCCCCACAGUGCGAAAACAGCAUUCGGAACAUUCGCAUUCGCUGGCCAGUGGAGUACCCCUUUAAAGCCUCUUUUAGAGCAAUUCCAGUCUUCUUGGGUUUACACACUUGGAUUUGGGGAUUUUCUGCCAUUUUUCUCUUUGUCAGAUUAGAUGGGUACCGUUGGUGGAAGCCAUUUACAAGUCUCUUCAGAGAUGUUCGAUUGGGGUCAAGUCAGGGUCUGGGUCACUCAGGGACAUUCAGGGUUGUUCCUAAGCCUCCUGUGUUGUUUUGGCUGUGUGUUUGUUGGAAAGGGAAUCUUCACCCCAGCCUGAGGUCCAGAGCACUCUGGAUCAGAUUCCCAUUAAGAAUAUCUCUGUACUGUGCUCCAUUUAGCUUUCCCUCAACCCUGUCUCCCUCAACCAGUCUCCCUGUCCAAGCUGCUGAAAACACCCCCUACAGCAUGCUGCUGUCCCCACCAUGAUUUACUGUAAGGGAUGGUAUUGGGCAGGUUAUGGGCAGUGCCUGGUUUCCUCCAGAAAAGACAUUUAGAAUUAAGGUCGAAAACUUCAGACAUGUAAAUCUUGUUUCUCACAGUCUUAGGGCUCAAUCACACGGACGGAUCUGCAGCGUAUUUUACGGACUCUACAGUGCUGCCUCCUCCGUGCCUGCUCACAGUGGCAAUCCUCCACUACGAGCAGACACGCUGUGAUGCACGGCUGCUCCCUGAACUAGGCAGAGAGCAGCCGCGAUGUGUGCGAGUAUACUGUGCAUGCGCGCAGUGACUCGCACUUCGCAUCGUGUCUGCUCAUAGCGGAGGAUUGCUGCUAUGAGCAGGCACAGAGGAGGCAGCACUGUAGGGUCUAUUGACGGCGGAUCUGCAGCAUAAAAUACGCUGCAGAUCGGUUAGUGUGACUAAGCCUUGAGAGUUCUUUAGUUGCUUAUUUUUACAGACCUUAGGCGAGCUUUCAUAUUAACUUUACUAAGUAGAGGUUUCUUUUUGCCCCCUCUGUCAUAAAGCCCAGAUUGGGGGAGUGCUGCAGUGAUGGCUGACUUUCUGGAAGUUUCUUCCAUCUGCAUGGAGCUCAGUCAGAGUGACCAUUGGGUUCUUGGUCUCCAUGCAUAUCAAUGAUGUGUCUGUGUAAUGCAGGACAUGAUAAGUCAUUAAGAGUGAGAGAUGCUGUCUUGAACUGUUUAAAGGGGUACUCCAGUAGAAAACAAUUUUUUUCAAAUCAACUGGUUCCAGAAAGUUAGACA